GGUGGAGAGGGGCCUGCUGACCUCAUACCUACAUCGUAGAAGACACAACCAGUCCUUCAGGACCCCUUUCUGACCUCCCUUGAGGGCUGGGGAGGCCCAGGCCUUAGAGGAGAUGAGGAAGGCUCUGCUCCUGGGCCUGUUGCUUCUGGGACUGCUUUGGGAAGCUCCAGUCGCGGCCUCAGGGCCUGGGAACAAGGUCUCUGUGGUGUGGGCCCAAGAGGGAGCUCCUGUCCAUCUUCCCUGCAGCCCCAAAUUCCCCCACCGGGAUCCCAGCCUUCUGCGAAGAGGAGGGGUCACUUGGCAACAUCAACCAGACAGUGGUCAACAGGCUCCCACCCCUGACCUUGACCUUCGCGAGGGGGUCCCUUCGCCCGGGAGCCCAGCACCCCGUCGCUACACGGUCCUGAGCGUGGCUCCAGGAGGCCUGCGCAGCGGGAGGCUGCCCCUGCCUCCCCGCGUGCAGCUGGAUGAGCGCGGCCUCCAGCGCGGGGACUUCUCGCUGUGGUUGCGCCCGGCCCAGCGAGCCGAUGCUGGCGAGUACCACGCCACCGUGCGCCUCCCGGACCGCACCCUCUCCUGCAGUCUCCGCCUGCGCGUGGGCCAGGCCUCGAUGAUUGCCAGUCCCCCAGGACCCCUCAGGCCGUCUGACUGGGUCAUUUUGAACUGCUCCUUUAGCCGCCCUGACCGCCCAGUCUCUGUGCACUGGUUCCGGGGCCAGAGCCGAGUCGCCGUCCACAAGUCUCCCCGUCACCACUUAGCUGAAAGUUUCCUCUUACUGCCUCAAGUCAGCCCCGCGGACUCGGGGACCUGGGGCUGCCUUCUCACCUACAAGGACGGCUUCAAUGUCUCCAUUACGUACAGCCUGCAGGUUCUGGCCCCUCUGACAGUGUACGCCGCUGCCGGCUCUCGGGUGGAGCUGCCUUGUCGCCUGUCCCCCCGUGUGGAGGACUCUUCUUUGCUUACUGCCAAGUGGACUCCUCCCUGGGGAGGCCCUGAGAUCCUGGUGGCUGGAAAGAGCAGCAAUCUCACCCUUCAGCUUGAGGCCGUGGGACUGGCUCAGGCUGGGACCUACGCCUGCAGCGUCCUCGCGCAGGGGCAGCAGCUCAGGGCCGAGGUCACUCUGGCAGUCAUCACAGUGACUCCUAAGUCCUUCGGGCUACCUGGCUCCCUGGGGAAGCUGUUAUGUGAAGUAACCCCAACAUCCGGACGAGAACGGUUUGUGUGGUGGCCCCUGAACAACCAGUCCAGGAGUUCCCCAGGCCCUCAGCUGGAGAUGCAGGAGACCAGGCUCCUUUCUGAGCCUUGGCAAUGCCAGUUGUAUGAGGGGCAGAAGCUUCUUGGAGCAGCGACGUACAUCACAGAGUCUAGCUCAGGUGCCCGGAGUGCGAGGAGAACCUCAGGUGACCUUAAAGGAGGCCAUCUCUUUCUCCUCCUGAUCCUUGGUGCCUUCUUAUUGUUCCUUUUGGUGACUGGGGCCUUUGGCUUUCACCUAUGGAGAAGACAGUGGCAAUGGAGAAGAUUCUCUGCCUUAGAGCUUGGGAUUCGCCCACCUCCUGCUCAGAGUAAGAGAGAGGAGCUGGAGCAAGAACUGGAGAUAGAGAUGGAACAGAAGCCAGAGCCAAAGCCCGAACUGGAACAGGAGCCAGAGCCCAGGCAGCUCUGACCCGGAGCUGAGGCAGCACGCAGGUCUCAGCGGCUCCUUCUGAAUAAACUCCCUGUCAGCAGCAA